CCCGGGGGGCUUCCUGGAGGAGGAGACGGAGGGGGCGCCGAAAGAUUGGGAGGAUUCGUGCGCUACGCGGCGCCUCCGAAACCUCGGGGGAGCGCGGGAGGCGGAGCGGGCGGCGCCGAGAAACAGCGGCUGCGGGCAAGCGGCGGGAGCGAGGAACGCGGAGCCUGCCGCCACCGCCGAGCAGCCCUCCAGCCGUCCGGCGUCCGCUUGUCUGUGCGUCCUCCGCGGAUCGGCGGCGGGCCGGCGGCCGAACCCAUGCAGCCGCGCAGCGAGCGCCCGGCCGGCAGGACGCAAAGUCCAGAGCACGGCAGCCCGGGGCCCGCGCCCGAGGCGCCGCCGCCGCCGCCGCCGCCGCCGCAGCCGGCAGCCCCCGAGGCAGAGCGUGCCCGGCCCCGGCAGGCCCGGCCCACGGGCCCCAUGGAGGGCGCAGUGCAGCUGCUGAGCCGCGAGGGCCACACGGUAUCCCACAACUCCAAGCGGCACUACCACGACGCCUUCGUGGCUAUGAGCCGCAUGCGGCAGCGCGGCCUCCUGUGUGACAUCGUCCUGCACGUGGCUGCCAAGGAGAUCCGGGCACACAAGGUGGUGCUGGCCUCCUGCAGCCCCUACUUCCACGCCAUGUUCACAAAUGAGAUGAGUGAGAGCCGUCAGACGCAUGUGACGCUGCACGACAUCGACCCUCAGGCCUUGGACCAGCUGGUGCAGUUUGCGUACACGGCCGAGAUUGUGGUGGGGGAAGGCAACGUACAGACUCUGCUCCCGGCCGCCAGCCUCCUGCAGCUGAAUGGGGUCCGUGACGCCUGCUGCAAGUUCCUGUUGAGUCAGCUCGACCCCUCCAACUGUCUGGGCAUCCGGGGCUUCGCCGACACACACUCGUGCAGCGACCUGCUCAAGGCGGCACACAGGUACGUGCUGCAGCACUUCGUGGACGUGGCCAAGACUGAGGAGUUCAUGCUGUUGCCGCUGAAGCAGGAACACUGGGCCCCCUUGGACUCUCCCUCCCAGGCACCUUCAGGGCUCCAUGGGCCCCCCAGCCCCUCCCCAGAUCUCAGGUCUGAGGGUCCCCACCCCCAGGUGCUGGAACUGGUCUCUAGCGACAGCCUGAACGUGCCUUCAGAGGAGGACGUCUACCGUGCCGUCCUGAGUUGGGUCAAGCACGACGUGGACGCCCGGAGGCAGCACGUUCCUCGGCUGAUGAAGUGUGUACGCCUGCCCCUGCUGAGCCGGGACUUCCUGCUGGGCCACGUGGACGCCGAGAGCCUGGUGCGCCACCACCCGGACUGCAAGGACCUGCUCAUUGAGGCCCUCAAGUUCCACCUGCUGCCCGAGCAGAGGGGCGUCCUGGGCACCAGCCGCACCCGGCCCCGGCGCUGUGAGGGCGCCGGCCCUGUGCUCUUCGCUGUGGGUGGUGGGAGCCUGUUCGCCAUCCACGGGGACUGCGAAGCGUACGACACGCGCGCUGACCGCUGGCACGUGGUGGCCUCAAUGUCCACGCGCCGGGCCCGGGUGGGCGUGGCGGCAGUCGGGAACCGGCUGUACGCCGUGGGCGGUUACGAUGGGACUUCAGACCUGGCCACCGUAGAGUCCUACGACCCUGUGACCAACACCUGGCAGCCUGAGGUGUCCAUGGGCACGAGGCGCAGCUGCCUGGGUGUGGCUUCCCUGCACGGGCUCCUGUACGCGGCCGGUGGCUACGACGGGGCCUCCUGCCUCAACAGCGCCGAGCGCUACGACCCCCUGACGGGAACAUGGACGUCGAUCGCCGCCAUGAGCACCCGGAGGCGAUACGUGCGCGUGGCCAUGCUCGAUGGGAACCUGUACGCCGUGGGCGGUUACGACAGCGCGUCACACCUGGCCACCGUGGAGAAGUAUGAGCCCCAGGUGAACUCCUGGACGCCCGUGGCCUCCAUGCUGAGCCGGCGCAGCUCCGCGGGCGUGGCGGUGCUGGAGGGGGCCCUCUACGCGGCCGGUGGCAACGACGGCACCAGCUGCCUCAACUCUGUGGAGAGAUACAGCCCCAAGGCGGGUGCCUGGGAGAGUGUGGCGCCCAUGAACAUCCGACGGAGCACGCACGACCUGGUGUCCAUGGAUGGCUGGCUGUACGCCGUAGGGGGCAACGACGGCAGUUCCAGCCUCAACUCCAUUGAGAAGUACAACCCGAGGACCAACAAGUGGGUGGCCGCGUCCUGCAUGUUCACACGGCGCAGCAGCGUGGGCGUGGCAGUGCUCGAGCUGCUCAACUUCCCGCCGCCCUCUUCGCCCACGCUGUCCGUGUCGUCCACCAGCCUCUGACCCGUGGCGCGGCUGCACAGAGGCCCGCCCGCGGCCUCCCACGUGCCUUAAGCCCCCUGGGCCCAGCGCCUCCCUCCCCUGCGCAUGGGGCGGGGCUCGGCCCCCACCAGGAACGUCCGGGGCCGUCUGUCCAGUCUCCGCGCGUCUAGGCCGUGGGUUUCUGUGUUCCUUCCUCAGUGUUUGUGUGUGUGCCGUUUAUUUAUUG